AUGAGAACUCAUUCGCACUAACCUUGCGAGACGCCUGGCAGAACACAGUUGCCUUUGCCUUUUUUUGGAAUAUGAAAUUAUCGUUGGUAUACCUGUUGUUCUGCAUUAAACAUAUCCAAACCCAGUACAUUCCCGUAACCAAAAAAAGCAAAUCUCCAUGCGACGCCUCCAACAAGAGCGCGCUAGUCGAACGUUUCUUCAAUAUGAUCUUCAAUGAGUUCCACAACUCACCGCCUAUGUGUGUGUGCGUGCAAAUGUGUGCGGGCCAGUCUACAUACUGCUACCCCAACGGGUGUCUGAGGCGUGAUGAUAGAAAGCGAGAAGCGGACCAACCAGUCUCGUUGAUAGAAAAUGCACAAUCUUCCAUAUUCCUUGUGGACCAGAAGAAUGAAGUCACCAGAGAUUUGUAUGGUUCGGGAUAUUAUGACAAUACUGCAACUGAGUUAGGCACGAAAAUCGAAGCUGUAGCUGAGAAACAGGUAAAUAUACGUCCUGAUCCUUUUAAAGAUAAAUAUAAAUCGUUGUUCAAAUACAAAAAAAAUGCCUAAAAGUUGAACUGAGAUAUAAUUUACGAGAACAAGUCAAGAACACCAAAUCGGAUGUUUUGAAAAGUGGAAGCGUCGACGUCUCGAAAACAAGAUGGCCUCAAACCAAACAUAAUAAGUUAAAUGGAUAUACAAUGUUACACGAUAUAAGAGAAAUUCACCCUUCUUCAGCAAAACAGAAGAAAUUCUUCAUAUCUUCUUUACCAGAGAAAGAUUUAGUAACAUACCCUAUAAGAUACUUCAAAAGAGAUUUAACUAAAAUCGAUGAAAAACUUAAUGUAACUGCAAAUUUGAAUAAAGAAAUUUUUACAAAUUCUACAUUCUCACUCGAAACUUUGAUAGACAAUAUGAUUGAAAAUUUUCUAACAAACAAUACAAUAGCGAAAUUAGACGAGUCCAACAAAACUACAUCAAUUGAAAUGUCAACAGAAUAUUUUAACGAAACAAAUAUUGUUCUUAUAAAUUCUACAAAUGAAAAUUUUGAGAACAGUAAAUACACAGAAGCCAUAAAUUACACCAAGGUUUUUAAUGAAUUGAUUGCGAAACUUUCUAAGAAAAUUGAAAGACGUAACAACACAAGUAUAGAGAUCAUGCAAAAGUUUACUAAUAAUGUUAUAAUAAAAGACGAAAUAUCAAACGAAAUCGAUGAAAAAGAAGUCAUCAAAGUCGAAACUACUACGUUUGAACCUACAACUAAAGCAAAAAUAACUGUAGCGACAACUACACCUUUAAAUAGCUUAACAGACGCUCUAAAUACAACAGAACAAACUCAAUUGUCAAACACCAUUCCAAACGAUUAUAAUGAGCUAAAAACAAUGAAAAAAGGUAGACAAAGAUUUGCAAGGAAGUUGCUAAGCAAGAAAACUAAUUAGAGCAUUAAAAGCCGAGGCACGGAGCGCUGUUAUAGGCUGAGUUAGCGGAAUGUGAAAUGAGAACCGUCAGUUUAUUCUUACUGUAAUAAUUAUUGUCGUUUACGAAUAAAAUGUCUUAUUACUUGGUUAAGGAUUAUGUUGAGUUUCUCUUGAAAUGUUUUUUAUUCUGAUUUUAUGAUGUGAGGUAAAAGAAAGUGAUUCAUUCGCAGCAUUGUAUUUUUUUUCAAAGAAAAAAGUGAACUGACAAUACCAAACGUUUUGUCGGUUCUUUUCUAUGAUAUUUCGUUCCAGUGAAAUUUCAGAACCUUCUUUGUAAAAUUAUUGACAUAGACAAAAUAGUCCGUACCAUCAUUAGUACAGGCUGUGACCGCUACAAAAAUAUGAUGUAAUUUAGUUUCUAAAUGAAAG